AUGCGCACCUCUGCACUUUUCUUGGCAUCCGCAGCUACGCUUGGCGCCGUUUCGGCUGCUCUUCCUGACAGGAUUAACGUGCGUGUGAAAAAUCUCUCCCCGGAGGACACCGUCUAUGACCACUCGCGCGGUCUAUUCUACCAGUCGAACCUUUGGAAAGGUCUGAUCGAAGUGUACAACCCGAAGGAGAGGUCGCAUAUUAACGUCCGCAUUGACGGCGUGUCUUCGAGCGGCGAUGGCAACCAGCAAAUGUCUGGUCUGUCGCUGAACAAGCACAACAAGGCUUCGCGUCUUUACGCCGUGGCGAAGAACGCCAACGCGUUCAACUUUAACGACCAGAAAAACAAUGGUCCUUCGUCGUUCCACGCAUUUGACCUUCCUUUGAAGGAGUCGAGCAAGCCCCUCUGGUCUAUUGACAUGAACAAGAUUCAGGACAAGUUUGAAAAGCAGUUUGGCACUCGUCCUUUCGGUAGCGUCGACUCCACGCAGGACAACGACGGCAACUCGUACAUUUGCUUUGCCCUCGGUAUGCCUGCCAUUGCCAAAGUGAGUCCCGACGGCAAGUCCUUUGAGGCCUGGGCCCACGAGGACAGCAACGGCAAGCAGCGCCCUGGCUACAGUGGCAUUGCUUACGACCCUGCGACUGACCGCAUCCUUGCUUACGGCGGCAACCGUCCCCUUACCGCAUUCAACGUGAAGAGCAAGAACCCCAAGGCGCACCCCGUCCAGAUUAACGGCAACUUUGGCUCUCUUAAUGGCGCUGAGAAGCUUACGUACGUCCCUGUCAACGGCAAGAGCGUUUUGGUCGCUGCCCGUGCCCCCGACGCUAUUGCGUUCCAGUCUAACGACAACUGGAAGACUGCCAACAUGAAGUCUACACACCGUGAUGAGCUCAGCGACAGUGGCUUUACCGCUGUCACCGACUACUAUGACGGUAACGACCACGGCAUCUACGCUAGCAGCGCCUUUUUCGGCGACGGUGUCCACGGUGGUCGCUCCUCGUGGCCUCUUUACAAGCUCGACGAGAGCAUCAUGAACUUUUAA